CCAUGGUACCUCACUCGAAAAUUCAUAUUUCCCCUUGGCAUUCUAUUUGGUGUUCUCCUCGGAUUCGCCCUCGUCCAACCUGGAGACCUACCCGAACUUCCGGCACAUCUCUCCAUCCUGCUAUCCGAAUACCAAGACCUGUUCAACAUGCCCAACAUCUCUCUGGAACAUCUGCCCUUCAAAUACAGCAUGGACUUCUCGCGAGUGGAGACGGAGUGGCAACGAUUCCGGAGCAGCAUACCCGAAGUAUGGAAGCUCAACACGGAUGGACGUGAAUUCCAGGUCGGCGAACAGAUCAAGGCGCAGGGACUUACGGCACAAUACCCGGUGGUUCUGGUGCCAGGCGUUAUCUCUACGGGUCUGGAAUCGUGGUCUACCGAGUCUGAGUAUCGUGACUUGUUCCGCGUCAAGGUUUGGGGCGGGUUCCCCAUGAUACAGCAAGUGAUGUUCGACAAAGACAGGUGGAUGUCUACGCUCUUGCUUGACCCGUAUACCGGGCUCGACCCUCCCAAAGUCAAAGUUCGCUCUGCGGAAGGAAUUAGCGCCGCCAGCAGUUUCAUCCAGGGAUACUGGAUAUGGUCUAAAAUCAUCGAAAACCUUGCGGUAGUGAACUACGACACCAAUAAUCUUUAUCUGGCACCCUAUGACUGGAGGCUAUCGUACGGUAACUUGGAAGUGAGAGAUGGAUAUUUCAGCAAGCUGAAGGCGAACAUCGAAGGAUUUGUAAAGAAGGAAAGGAAAAAGGUUGUCAUUGCCGCACACUCAAUGGGCAGCACGGUCAUGAAAUGGGUCGAAAGUCCGGACCACGGCAAUGGAGGACCUCAAUGGGUUGAGAAUAACAUCGAGGCCCUGAUCACGAUAGGUGGCACGCACUUGGGUGUCCCGAAAGCUAUGGCAGCGUUCCUCUCAGGAGAAAUGAAGGAUACGGUACAGAUCAAUCCCUAUGGCGCAUACGUCCUCGAACGCUUUUUCUCCAGAAAGGAACGUCAACGGUUAUUCCGCAGCUGGGCCGGCAGUGCCAGCAUGUGGAUCAAGGCAACGCUAAUCGGAGGCGACCUCAUCUGGGGCAACGGAACCUGGGCUCCCGACGACCCACCGGAUGCAGGCCACAGCCAUGGUGAACUUAUCUCGUUCCGCGCAGAGCGCACGCUUGCCACGGCCUUCGACGCAUUGAGGCUCAAAGGCGUAACAAACGAAACUAUCGAGGACUUGACGAAGCACGAGGCGCAGCUCACGAACAUGACGUCGCGGGAAGGAGGGACGUGGAUAUUGACGCAUACGCCCAAUUCCUUCCAGCGGAUGAUGGAGACGAACUACUCAAACGGGUUUGAGAAGGAUGAGCGUCAACUGAUACGCAACAAUGCUGAUCCGUCCAAGUGGAGCAAUCCGCUCGAGGUUCAGUUGCCUCAUGCACCCUCCAUGAAAAUGUACUGCGUCUACGGCCACGGGAAGGAGACCGAGCGUUCGUACUGGUACGCACGAGGCGAAUACGAGUAUGAUGAGACCAUUGCGGAUGCCGCUGGAGCGGUAUGUGCGAACGAGACGAUGGAACAUUGCGAGAGCCUCCGUCCGCCACUGGACAUGCCGCUCUAUCGAUCGACCUGGAUAGACUCCGAAUACACGGAUGAGACCGCGAAUCCGAAGGUCAUCAACGGGGUCAAGAUGGGAGAAGGCGACGGCACCGUCAGCUUGCUGAGUUUGGGCGCGAUGUGCGUCGAAGGUUGGAAACGAAAGCGGUGGAACCCAGCUGGGAUCGAUGUCGUCACCGUCGAGCUCCCGCAUCAUCCGACGCCAACGAUACCGCGCGGCGGCGCCAACACGAGUGACCACGUCGAUAUCCUCGGAUCGACCAGGCUCAAUGAGAUCAUCCUCAAAGUGGCUACCGGAGCUGGCAGCGAGAUCAAGGAUAACUUUGUCAGCCGGAUCCGAGAAUACGCGGCCAAGAUAAAUUGGGAUUAGUCGGACGAUCUAUAGAGUCCACCUACAAACGCUGUUGCGCGGCGAUGCAUGGCAUGGAUAUAGACUCCUGGAAGAGUCGAUAGCUCCACUGUACCGGUGUUUCAGCAUCUGAAGCUUGACGGCUCCGCAAGGAAUGACAGCUUAAUACG